UAAAUACAGUCAAACGGGUCCGACGUACCGCCAGUGAGCAGUGCAGUGUGCGAGGUUUGGCGAGCCGACCGCGCGCGUCAGACCCUCAAUAACAAACAUGUUUAUAUCAUUUAUAACCCAAACUUGCUUACUUCUUGCCGUCCUCGAAGUCGCUACGACACAGAGUGCCCAAGGAUCCCUGACAUGCAAGAUAAGUGACGAUAUAGAAGGAGAAUGUAUUUUGCUACAAAAAUGCCAACGAGCAUUGGAUUUGCUGAAGUUAAAUGACAUAAAAUCCUUGAAGAAUCUCACUUGUGGAUAUGAUAAGCUGGAUGCAAAGGUAUGCUGCGUCACAAACAAAACCGAUGGAGUAUCCAUCACCUUCAAUACCACUAAGGAUGCCGCCACUAGUAGACCAGAAGGCGGUAUCGCCAAUACUGUUAAAGUGCCACCAGAUCCGGUAGCUACCUUCGCUUCUACAACCCCAGUACCAACCGAGGCACACCCAACCAAAGUUUACACGACUACAACAUACAUCCCUUCAACAACAACACAUAAACAGAAGAAAACAAAUGCGCCUCAUCAUAACAACAAUGAUUUCAUUGCGCCAACUUUACCAACAUCAUCAGUAGCCUUCUCUAUUCGCCCACCACCGACAUUCACGCGACCACCUGCUCUGCAGCCAGACGAACCACCUUCCAAGUCUGAAACAGCUAGUGAAACCAUACCAACAUUUGACAAUCCCUUAGGUGUCGACCCAAACAUCCCAUCUCGAUUUCCACUUGAAGACCAGGACCAAAACUGGCAUAUAGAUGUUUCUGAUGUUGCAACGGAGCAAAUGGAUCGCUUUCCUGUAUUGCAGCGUCCCGUCUAUCUACCCAGUCGGAAUGAAUGUGGACUGCUUUCGACUUCUGACAGGAUUUUUGGAGGGCAAGUGGCAGGACUUGAAGAGCUGCCUUGGCUUGCUCGCAUCAAAUAUCUAAGCAACACAAAGCAAGAGAUCUACGCCUGCCACGCAUCCCUUAUUACUGACCGAUUCCUCAUUACUGCUGCGCACUGUGUAGUCAACCAGGAAAUAAUAGACGUUCGUCUGGGUGACUGGGACUCUGAGACAGAAAUCGAUUGCAUUCAAGACGACUGCAAUGAUCCUCCUGUGGACGUUAAAAUCGAUGCAACCUUCAUACAUCCGUCUUAUCAUAGACAAACGCUGGUUGGAGACAUAGCCUUGUUGCGGUUAGCUCAUCCGGUGAAUUUUACAGAAUUCAUCCGGCCAAUCUGCUUACCCACCACAGAAUACAUAGCACGAAUAGAUUAUGACCUCGACAGUGAAUACAUUACUGGUGGCUGGGGUAAAACAGAAUUUGAAACGAGAUCCGUAGUCAAAAGAAAAAUAAGUCUAAUGGCUGUGCCGAUGGCAACAUGCAGGGCAGCCAUCAGACGAGUGUCUAACCAGUUAGCUGCCAGCGCCAUCUGUGCCGGCGGCAGGAAAGGUGAAGACAGCUGCGCUGGAGACUCAGGCAGCUCCUUGGUACGACUGGCCAGUGAGAACCGACGCUUUAACUGGUUUAUCUUGGAGUUACCAGCUUCGGAUCCUCUAGGUGCGGCACGGAAGGAAUACCCGGCAUUUAUUCGCGAGUAACGUAUUAUAUGGAUUGGAUUUUAAACGUUCUUGCAUUGUAAAGACUCGAUUAUUUAUACGUGAUGGCGCAAUUUCAUUAGUCGAUAACUCGUUCGGUAUAUGUACAGCAUACGGGGAGUUCCCGCAGGCGAUAUAACAACCAAUGAAAGCGGUGCAAUUUAAUUGGUCGUUAACUACUUGAAAAAUAAAUAUUUCAUUUUCAUUUUUUUCUCGUUCGGUAUGCAGCAUACGGGGAGUCGCCACAGGCGAGAUAACGACCAAUGAAAGUGGUGCAAAUUGAUUGGUCGUUAUACAUCAUAUGGGGACUCCCCGCAGGCGAGAUAACAACCUAUGAAAGUUACUAUUACUAUUUAAUUUCCCGAAUGCGGGCCCUGUAGCAUGCGUUCUAGAAAUCUCUUGCACCUCGAAUGCGGACCCUAUCGACUUAUGAAAACGUUUCCCCAAAUGCGGGUCCUGUGGCGCGCGUUACAGAAAUCUCUCGCAUCCCGAAUGCGGACCCUGUGGCACGCGUUCCAGAAAUCUCUCGUACCCCGCAUGCGGGCCCUAUCGACUAAUGAUAAUGCGCCAUAAAGGAUGAACGGGAAAGUGAAGUACACGUAAGUACGUAUGUAUCAAUGUUGAUGUAAUUUUGCCAUACUAUCUUGGAGUAAGUUCAAUAUCUAUGUUAAGUUUUAAAUGAGUACCUAUAUAAGUGAGAUUCUUGUGAAACCUAGUAAAGUACACUCAAAUUCGUUUGUUUUGUAAGUGUACAAUGAGACUCAAUGAGAUAUGAAAUUAAAUAAAUGAUUUUUUU